AUGGGAAAUGCGUCCAACGCCUCUGUGUUCAUCUCCACCUUAUCGGAGAGAGAAGACCUGAUUUUUGGCACGCUCUAUUUAGUCUUUGGCAUCAUGUCCCUGUUUGGAAACUCACUGCUCUUGAUGGUGUGGCUGAGGUCCCACCACCCACUGCUGCCAGGAGAGCAGGCUGGGAAGCACCCGGCCUUCCUCCGGAGCAGGGACCACACAGAAAAUUCCCGUGUGGCAGGGGCUGUCCGCCAGCCGCCCUGGGCAGAGGGGAAGGGCUGGGUUAACCUGCAGGCUCUCCCUUGCAGGUGGCUCUUCAACCAGACAGUGUGCACCCUCUACGCCUUCUGCGGGGUCUUGUUCGGGCUGUGCAGCCUCACCAGCCUGACGGUGCUCAGCACGGUUUGCUGCCUGAAGGUCUGUUACCCAGCAUAUGGCAACAAGUUCUCCCCCAGCCACGCCGGAGUGCUGCUGCUGUGCGUCUGGGCGUAUGCCCUGAUGUUUGCCACGGCCCCCCUGGCCGAGUGGGGCAGCUACGGCCCCGAGCCCUACGGGACUGCCUGCUGCAUCACAUGGAAAGCCGCGAGCAGGGAGGCCACGGUCUACAUCCUCGCCCUCUUCAUCUUCUGCUACCUUCUCCCCUGCCUCCUCAUCCUCGUCUCCUACUCGCUGAUCCUCCGGACGGUGCGGGUGUCCCGGAGAGCCGUCAGGCAGCACACGUCCCCCCAGCGCAGAGCCCACAGUGUGCACGGCCUGGUCGUGAAGCUGAGCGUUGCCGUGUGCCUGGGAUUUCUGGCUGCCUGGACCCCUUACGCCAUCGUUGCCCUGUGGGCAGUCCUCGGCGACGCCAGCCAGGUGCCAGCGUUGGCCUUCGUGCUGUCAGCCGUCUUUGCCAAGUCCUCGACGCUCUACAACCCUUUGGUGUACCUGCUCUUCAAGCCCAACUUCCAGAAGUUCCUCUCCAAGGACGUGGUGCUCCUCCAGGCCAUCCGCAUGCUCCUCUGCUGUGGCUGCCCGAGUGCUGUGCUCCAGCCCUUCCCAUCCUCGGGCUUCGGUGACCGCCCUGGGACUUGCAGAAACUGCAACGACACUUUCGAGUGUUUCAGUAACUACCCCAAGUGCUACAAAUUCCCCCAGGCACCCGGCAGCUCGCCCCGGCACGCUCCCCUGGCUAUCCUGGCUGACGGAGCUGCUUGCCAGCCAGGGCUGAAGAGGACAGUGCAGGUGAUGGUGCUUGUCACACGGAAAAGGUCGGGCCUGGGCACGGCGAAUGUGGUGGGGGAAGCCCUGCCAUCGGAUCUCAUGAAAGACCUUCUCUGA